GUAACCUGGUGCAUAGUGGAAGUUCUGUCCAAUGCUCUGGCUAAGCCAAAUGCACCACCAAUUAAUCCUGAAUGCAAAGAAAUCUUGAAGAAGAGUGGUAGAAAUGACAGAGAGAGAAGUGAAAACGAACAACUUGAAGCAAGGUAUUUGAAAGAUGCAGCAGAGACUGAAAAACAUCAUGCUGGGAGCAUGGAGAAAGAACAAAGUCAGGCAGAAGGGGAACCUAAAAAGUAUGUGAAAGGAAGUGAUGGGGAGAAACUUGUUCAUGAGGAUGGUAAAAGCAAGGAAGGGGAGGCUGGACACCACAGCCCUAUUCAAGAUGAGAGACUUCACACAGAAGAACAAAAACACUCUCAGGAAAUUGGAACAGCAGACAAGAAGAACUACCACAGUGAAGAAGAAAGCAAAGAGAAUAAGUGUUGUGAUGGAAAUGUAGAGCAUGAUAUUCGCAACAAGAAGUUGCACUCUGCAGGCACGAACACAGAGGAAUUCCGUGAUGGGAAUGAUCACCACCCCAUGGGCCACUGGCACUUGGAGGAGGAAAUGCAGAACCCUUACAAACAAAUUCAUGAAACUGAAGAGGGAGAGGCAGAGGAAGAAAGAAGUGAAAAAUACCACCAUCAGUCUAAAGAGCAGGAUUUGUCCAGUCAGAAAGAGCAUAAAGAAUCUGAUGAGAGUGAAGAAACAAAGGAGGAAAAGCAACCCUACAAACCCAGACAUUAUCAUGAGAAGCACAGAGUGGGUGACUCCUAUGAAGAGAAGAGGGGCCACAGUGGUGAAAAAGAGGAAUUAGCUAAGGAAUCAGACACAGAGGAGGCCUAUCUCUGGGAUCAGUGGAACCGCCAUCAGAAACAUCAUGAAGAGUCUGAGCAACAGCGUGAGGAGGAGAGUGGUUAUCAUGGGAGGCAUGGGACUGAGGAGGUGAAGACGAGGCUUGCAGACCAGGGAAGUGAAGACUAUCGAGACAGGUGGCAUCAGAGUGAAGAGAGCCAUGAAGAAAAGAGGCAUCAGCACAGUGAAGAAAGUAAUGAGAAAUUGCAUGAGGAGAGGAGGAGACAUUAUGAUGGAUCACAUGAGGGAAGGAGGCACCAUUCUGAGGGAAGAAUGUAUCCUGCAGAUGAACGUGAGGAAGAUCUGGACAGGUAUCUUCGCAGUGACAGCAAGGAGAAGCAGCAUCAUGCUGGAGGGAGAUACCACUUAUGGAACAAUGAAGAGGAAGGGUCACAGAAAGCAUAUGCUGGAGAGGACAAAGGACAGGCCAGAAGGCACUACAGCAUUGAUGACAAUGUAGAGCAGCGGCACUACCCCAGCAACAGUGAGGAGGAGGAGGAGGACAAGGAAGUAGAAAAGCAUCACAGCAGUGAUCAGGUGGAAAAUGAAGAGAAGGAAAGAUAUGCAGAGAGGGAAGAGCACAUAAGCCCCCUCCCUGUGGAGAAUAAGAGAACCUACAGCCCUUUCUACCCACUGCAAUGGUGGAAAAGCCAGCUCUUUGAGAAAAGGGACAGUGCAAGAGAACAGCUUCUGGCGGGCAAAGAGGAAGGCAAGCCCACCUUGAAUGAGAAGAUCCUUUUUCCUGAAUAUAACAACUAUGACUGGUGGGAGGAAAAACAAAUCCUAAGUGCUCUGAAACACAGACACACCAAGAAGAGGAAUCUUGGCAAAAUAAGCAGAUAUGAUAUGAAGAGGCAAAACAACAAGAUGGAUCAACUUGCACAACUUCUGAAUUACAGGAAGAAAUCAGCUGAAUUCCCAGAGUUGUACAGUUCCGAAGAAGACCUGGAAAAACGUUACUUAAUUGACAAUGACAGAAGAAGUCUAAGCCAGAGGCCUCUGACAGAAGACAAGGAAAAAGCACUGGAAAACCUGGCCAUUAUGGAUUUGGAGCUGCAGAAAAUAGCAGAGAAGUUUAAUAACCUCAGAAGAGGCUGA